GCAGCUUUACCUCCCCGAAGUCGCUUCAGCGCAGACCGGGUGGAUUUUCUCCAUUUAAAAAGUUCCUCCGGAGAGUUGGGCGCGUCUACACCGAGCCACACGGACUCUUUUAGCCGCAGAAGGGUCGCGGUCGCACGGCCAUGGCCUCUUUCGUUUGCCGAAUCCAGUACCUGGAGGACUCGGACCCGUUUAUCUGCACAAACUUCCCCGAGCCUCGGAGACCUCCGACGGUGAGCGUGGAGGAGAACCUGCCGCUCAGUGAGCAGAUCGCCGGGAUACACAAGCUGCUCGAGGCGCCUCUAAAGUUGGAGGACUGCACUCUCCAGUUGGCGUCAAAUGGAAACUACCUGGACCUGGACUCGUCUCUGAGUGAGCAGCGAGACGAGCUGGACACUUUCUAUGAAGACGUGGCAAAAGGGAAGAAGCCCAUCCUGAUCCUGAGGACUCAGCUGUCUGUCCGCGUGCACGGCAUCCUGGAGAAGCUGUUUAACUCUCAGGGUCCAGAACUGAGACGCUCACUGUUCUCCCUCAAACAGCUGUUCCAGGAUGAUAAAGACCUGGUUCCAGAGUUCGUGGCCUCUGAAGGUUUGUCAUGUUUCAUCAAAGUUGGAGCGGAGGCCGACCACAACUACCAGAACUACAUCCUGAGAGCUCUGAGUCAGAUCAUGCUGUUUGUGGACGGUAUGAACGGUGUAAUAAACCACAACGAGACGGUGCAGUGGCUCUAUACUCUCACAGGAAGUCAGUCUCGUCUGGUGGUGAAGACGUCUCUGAAGCUGCUCAUCGUGUUUGUGGAAUAUUCAGAGUCCAACAGUCCUCGACUUAUUAACGCUGUCAACACCGUGGACGAAAUGAGAGGUGUGAAGCCGUGGAGUUACCUGAUGGAGGUGUUGGAGGAGAGAAACGGCUCAGACACAGAGCUGCUCAUGUUCACCAUGACACUCAUCAACAAGACUCUAGCGGUACUACCAGACCAGGACUCCUUCUACGAUGUGACAGACAGUCUGGAGCAGUUGGGGAUGGAGACCAUCGUCCACAAACACAUGAGCACCUCGGGGACCGAGCCGGACCUCCGGGCCCAGUUCGCCAUCUACGAGACCUCUCUGAGGUAUGAGGAUGGAGAGAUGGAUGAUGGCUCCCUCCACAUUCGUAAAGAGAGAAGAAAGGGGCGCCGCACAUCCAGCCAACCCCUCCCGGAUGUCCCGUCUCCAGGCUCCUCCCCCUCUCCCCCCCCCACGCCACCAGCCCUCCGCUCCUCCCCCACGCUGACCUCUGACCCCGGAAGCCCCGCCUCCAGUCCCCCCGGGUCCCAGAGAGCGUCUCCGCUGCCCCCCCACUCAGCCGCCAACGGGACGGUCCCGCAGGAACCAAACUCUCCGUCCAGCGCGAGUCGCUCUUUCCUCAGCCACCACAUGUCUGCCCUUGGUCUGAGCAGGAAGUCCCGCCUCUUCUCUAAAGCCAGCUCCAUCUCUGAGGAUCCUUCGGCAGCCUGCAGCUCCUCCUCCUCAGAUCUCUCCAUCAAGACGGAGCCCAAAGAGUCUAAAACCAGUUUCAACUCUGGGGAGGCCGACCUGCCCUUCUGCUCAGAGGACUGUAAUGUCAGUACAGACAAACCCGUUCUGAGGAGAUACCAAGACACCUUCCUGCGCAGCCUGGCGGCCACGCAGUGGGAGAGGAAGAAGAAGAGGAGCAAACACCUCCUGUCCUCGGCUGAUGAUGUCAUAACCCCGAGCCCACAGCCCGCAGACGAGAGCGCCGGGGGGGGUGGCGUCCCGCGUGAAGAGCUGUCCCGUCAGGUCUCGUCUGGCAGUUCGGACACAAACGGACACUCCGACUCCCACAAUGACCCAGCGUCGUCCGUGCAGCGUCUGUGCAGCACUCUGUCCAAUGACAGGAAGUUCCUGCUGGACAUGCUCUACUCUAAGACGUCCAGCCCGGCACCGCUGAGCCCGACUGCUGCUGCCGACACCACCGAGGAAGAACCAAACUUCCAGCCCG